AUGGACCUCAGCGAGACCUCCUUGGUGAGCCGGGUCUGCCAAGGCGAUGGCUCUCUGAUCCUGUCGACCACACAGGCAACAUUGAUCGAUCAGAUCAAUAGUUUUCUGAGUCUCAGCUUCGACGAGUUUCAACCCACCUUCGGGCAAACGGGCACCUUGCUUUGCAUGCUAUGUAUUUUGCUUUGGGCCUUGUGCGUUUACAAGGAGUAUCGGAGCGUUUGGUUAGCCCUGGAGGCGAUUUGGCAAAUCCCUCGAAGCUGGUCGACCGACUUCCGCCACAACCGCUUUUACAGCAUCAGCAAAGGUCGUCUAAAGCUGGUACUCUUCACCUUGCUUGCGCGUGUCCUCAUCGCCUCGUUGCUUCUGGGCGCCGGGAUCCGCUGGCUGGCGCAGACCACAUCCAUCACUGAGCCUUGCUCGGAACUGAUGCUGAAUGCCGUGGCCUUGAACGCCAUCUUAGACGUGGACGAGUUCCUCUUCGCAGGCUUCACACCCAUCACGAUCCAACUGGCAGUGCAGAAUCUGGAGCCCUUGAGGAUGAAGUACAGCCGGAGGCGGAGCCAAGCAGAGUCGCUGUUCCUCUUCUGUUUGCUCUUAGCCACCUUUUUGGUGCCCUACUUUUCGCUCAUUCAGCCAUUGGUGGAGUCCAUGGUGGCGGUGAAGUAUGAGCUCUGUGGGGGCAACCAGUCCUUCGUGGUGGCGCGGAAUGCGGAGCGACCCAUGGGGGUGGAUUGCACAUGGGCCAGGUGCUUGGGACUUUGGCACCAGUGGCCGGAAAACCCCCUGAUCAUUGAAACAAAGCUGUCUAGGGGUGGAGGCCAUCGCUCUUAG